AUGGGUUCUGCAAGGCAAUAUUUAGCAUUGGAUCGGCAUAUAGCCCAUUAUACAGUGAACUUAUUGGUACUCUACAACACAGCAGCAAUCCUACGUGUAAUAGUAUUACCAAACGUGCUACCUAACUGCUAUGUAGACAUUGAUUUGCAGAUGCUGGCUUGGAUUCAAUUUGACUACAAGGACCCACCAAUGAGAAAAUCUGGUUGGCCAGACUCUACAUCCUUUGACUAUCCAAUCCUGGUCUCAUCUCUCACCGAGUGGAUACAGCCGGGGGAGGCUGCAGCAAAUAGUCAACAGCAGUGUCUCCAUAACGAAAAAGAAUAAUUCUGCUAUUGGUGGCUCAUCCUCCUCAUCAUGGAACUCGGGAUAAAACUUCACAGCCACUG